AGCGAAUCUUCCAUCAAGAUGUACAUACGGUAGUACAAAAUCACAGAUAUCACCAAGAAUACCAUAUCUGAAUAUGGCGCCCGCCACGCCAUUCAACGCCUCGGAAAUCACGGAGAAGGCGCGGCGCGACCUGCUUCUGCUGCUUGAGGGUAUAAGAGGAAAGAAAAACUUGGUGCUCGAGAAAGCACUUGCCGGUCCCCUCAACCUGCUGGUCAAAUUCUCAACGCUUCAAGAGUACGGUGUCGACAAGCCUUUCUUCCUCGAGAACGACAAUGUCGAUGCUAGUCAGAGGAACGUCGUGUUUCUCGUAAGAGGAGAGAAGGCGAAUAUGGUCAUGAAAGUUGCUGACCAAAUAAAACGCAUACGAAGGGAAAGUGAGAUCGAGCACGAGUUCUCCAUCUUCUGGGUACCGAGGCGCACGAUCGUCUCAGACCAACUGCUCGAGGACGCUGGUGUGCUUGGUGAGGCAAGCGUCAGCGAGUGGCCUCUGUUCUUUGUACCUUUGGCCGACGAUGUGCUGUCUCUUGAACUCGAUGAUGCUGUGUCGGACUUAUACCUCCGCAAGGACCCUACUUCAAUUUACUUAGCAGCAAAGGCACUCAUGCUUCAACAACGCAAACAUGGCCUCUUCCCACGGAUCAUGGGCAAGGGAGACAACGGAAAGCGUCUCGCCGACCUCCUUAUCCGAAUGCGUACCGAAGUAGCAGCAGGCGAGCCCUCAAGCAAUACCGGUCCAUCAUUCCUCGGUCUUGCUCCAAGCACGACUAUCGACAGUCUCAUCAUCAUUGACCGAGAGGUCGACUUCCCAACCGUGCUGCUCACCCAACUGACAUAUGAGGGCCUCAUUGAUGAAGUGUUCAAUAUCUCUGCCAACCAAACCGAAGUCGACUCCUCAGUCAUCGGCGGUGUGGCACCGCAACCCGGCCAGACAGGUUCAGCGUCCACCAGAAUGAAGCGCAAGAUCAUGAUCGACUCCAAAGACACUCUCUACAGUGAUCUAGGUGACGCCAACUUCGCCAUUGUUGGGUCUCUCCUUAACAAAGUAGCGCGCCGCCUCCAAUCAAGUACAGAGCGUAACUCACUCGCAGCCAAAACCACCUCGGAACUUCGAGACUUCGUCGCCCGGCUCCCAGGAUACCAAGCCGAGCAAGCCAGCCUAAAACUACACACCUCUCUCGCCGAAGAGAUCAUAAAAAACACCCGCACAGACACAUUCACACGCUGUCUCGAAGUCCAGCAAAACCUCACAUCCGGCGCCGACCCAUCGACACAACACGACCUGAUCACCGAACUGAUCGACCGCGGCACGCCCUUGCCCACCAUCCUGCGCCUACUAUGCCUCGAAAGCACAACGAACGCCGGCAUCCGGCCCAAGGACCUCGACGCCUUCAAGCGCGCCAUCAUCCAAGCCUUCGGCCCGCAACACCUGCUCACCCUGCAAUCCCUCGAAAAAAUGAACCUCCUGACCCCGCGCGGCGGCGCCACCCUCGCGGGCGGCACAGGAAGUAGUGUCAAGCCGGGAAGUGUGACGAACUACACGCCGCUCCGCAAAACGCUGCGCCUCUGGGACGACGAAGUCAACGAAGCUUCGCCGAACGACAUCAGCUACACGUUCUCUGGCUAUGCCCCCCUAAGCGUGCGAAUAGUGCAGAGCAUCAUCCACAAACACAGCCUCGCCAACACUAUCAAACCCCCCACCCCCGGCGCGCCACUGAGUUCUAAUCCGCUCGCGCAGGGGCUGAGAAUGUUUGAGGACAGCAGUAAGUACAUCCGCGGCGCGACGUUCAACGAGGUCCAGACGGGCAAUGUGUCUCAGAAAGCAUUGAAGGCAAGGCAGAUGCUGAGUGGGCAUGGGGAAGGAGGGAAGACGGUGGUAGUUUUCUUUCUGGGGGGUGUGACGAGGGCGGAGAUUGCGGCGCUGCGGUGGGUGGGGAGGAAGCUUGCGGAGAGUGGGGGGGAGGGAAGGGGGAGUAGGGUUGUGAUUGCUGCUACGAAUGUGCUGACGGGGGAUGGGUUGGUGGAUGGGGCGAUAGAGAAGGGUGUGUUCAAAGCAUAA